AUGCCCCCUUCUAACGCCGGCAAAGCCGAGGAGGCUCUGAGCACGCGUCUGCUGCACGCCGAUCACCACCUCGUCGCUCGGCCCGAGGUUGCGCCGGCCAUCAGGUGAGCAUGCAGCGAAUACGGGCAUAGACUAGCAGCGGAGCACGGUGCGACAUGGCUGGGGCGCAGGAGGCCCCUUCAUGUUGUUGCCGAGCGACGCGAAGGACACGUGAGCUGAUGACAGUGUAUUUCCCAUCCUUUGCACCCCCAACAGCGUCAGCACCACGUUUCGGGCCCCCUCUCCUGCGCAGAUCCUUGCCGCCGCUCCGGGCCAUUACACUACCGAGUGGGAUCCGUCCACUCCCUCGCGGGACAUCUACUCCAGGUAUGUGCCAAGUGGUCCUCUUGUGUCUCCUCGCUUGCCAUGGUGCUCACAUCAUGGCCCUCUUGGACGCGGAACCAAUCCCGACGGCAGGUACACCCAGCCGGUUUUGACUCAAGCCGAAGCCGUGCUCUCGUCGAUCAUCGGCCAGCCGACCAUCGCCUACCGUAAGUCCAUGCUACACCCUACCUGCUGCCGGUCAUAUGCAUCAUUUUCGUUGGCCCGACCGUUAUGCACUCGCGACCCAUGCAACCAAACCAAAAAUGUCUCCCCCCUCAUCGCCGGUAAACUCUCGCCGAAGCCGGACGGAACUGACGACUUUGGAUCUGAUACUAUUGACUAGCGAGUGGGAUCGCCGCCACGUUCGCAGUCUUACUGUACAUUCUUCCCGACGUCAUCGCCAUCACCGACGGCUACCAUGGCUGCCAUGCCUCGAUCGAGGUCUACCGAAAGACCAGAGGCGAGGACCGAGUUGUGAGUACGCUUCCACCCAAAACACUCACCUCGAUACCGACCGAUCCAAGGAAGUCAGGGGCUAAACUUGUCCGUAUCUUACCAUUGUUGUGUUUCUAGAGCGUAAUUAAGCUCGAUGACGCCUAUCCGAACGACAAGAAGUUGCUGGUCUGGCUCGAGACGCCCCUGAACCCGACCGGCGAAUGCAGGAGCAUCGAAGCUUGUCAGUCGAAGGUCAUCUUCCGCGGCGGCACUACGAGGGAUUCGCACUGAGCUAACCCUUCCCAUAUCUGGCUACUGCUUGUUGCACCCCAGACGCCCAAAAGGCCCAUGCCGCGGGCGGUACCAUGGUCGUCGACUCGACAUUUGCCCCGCCCCCACUUCAGGAUCCCUUCAAGUGGGGCGCCGACAUCGUCAUGCGUCAGUCCCUAGUCAAGAGGUAGAUCGGACGCGGUCAAAACACGGCACUGACAAACAUUUGAUUCUCGUCCACAGACUCUGGUACCAAGUACUUUGGUGGUCAUUCCGAUUUGCUCUGCGGCACCGUUAGCGUCAAAGACAAGCAGUCGUGGCUGAACGUGAGCCGAUAA